AUGGCAUACUACAAUGAACAAGUGCCGAGCCAAUUUGCGCCGCCGGCGCAGAACUAUGAGACGAACGGUACAGUUAGCGCCGGUUCUGUAGAUGUGAUAGCUGGCCCAUUGCUCAAUUACCGUGGUAUGGAUGUCGAGGGCCCAUCCGCAAUAUACUAUGGCAGUAUCUUGAUUGUCACAAACCCCGGACAAGCCCAGCCGCAAUUAUCCCUACGUCACGUCGGACCCGUGUCGCAAGCUCCCACAAAUGGACAGUUUGGAUCGCAGGUCCCCAGCUCAUACAAAGUUGACAAGCUAUACGAAGACCCGAAAAAGGCCUUUUGGAGGUUUCAGUUUUCGUUCCCGUUGACCGAGUACGAAGCUCGAUGGGCAUACACCAUUCCAGGGUUCCGAUAUGUCAACGAAUCUACCUCCACUGCGUCCGAGUGGACAUUUACAGUUCCCGCUUGGUAUCAGUCUAUGCGCAUCAUGUUCCAUUCGUGUAAUGGAUUUUCGGUGGGCACAGAUACAGAAAGCUGGGCUGGCCCCGCGCUAUGGAAUGAUGUCCUGCGAGUGCAUGAAAAACGACCUUUCCAUGUCAUGAUUGGUGGUGGUGAUCAAAUAUACAAUGAUAAUAUCCGUGUUGAUGGACCGCUUAAUGAAUGGACUAAUAUCAAAAAUCCCAUCAAGAGACAGGCGCAUGACUUUUCUGGCGAAUUGAGGGCAGAAUGUGAUGAAUUCUACUACAAAAACUAUGUGCGGUGGUACAACCAGGAACCUUUCAAGACUGCCAACGGGCAGAUUCCCCAGAUCAAUAUCUGGGAUGACCACGACAUAAUUGAUGGUUUUGGAUCAUAUACCGACCAUUUCAUGAAAUGCGCCGUGUUCCGAGGUAUUGGAGGAGUGGCCUUCAAGUACUAUUGUCUUUUCCAGCACCACGUUGCGCCGCCCAAGACCACCUUCACCACGGAUGCAACGGAGCCUAUCGAUCAACGUCAACUGGAGAAUACGUUCGUUCUCGAUGAGCCAACUCCUGACCCACGGUGGAUCUUGGGCAACACACCGGGUCCGUACGUUGAAGAGAGAAGUCGCAGCUUGUACAUGCGUCUGGGUCGGCGGAUCGCAUUUGCCGGUGUCGAUGCACGUACAGAACGCACACGUAUGCAGGUCAAUUAUCCCGAAACUUAUGAUCUGAUCUUUCAGCGCAUACACCGAGAAUUCAAACAGGCGAAUGGAGAAAUCAAACAUUUGAUUCUGCUGCUCGGAGUUCCUAUUGCCUACCCUCGUCUUGCCUGGCUGGAGAACAUUCUCACGUCUCCGCUGAUUGCGCCCGUUCGUCUGCUGAACAAAAGAUUCGGAGUUGGCGGUGGUCUAUUCAACAACUUCGAUGGUCAGGUAGAUCUUUUGGACGACCUUGAUGAUCAUUACACUGCUCGACAUCAUAAAGCUGAGCGUCGAGAAUUGAUUCAUCGCCUUCAACAAUUAUCAAAGGAGCAUUCAGUACGCAUUACGAUUCUCGGUGGCGAUGUCCAUUUAGCAGCCCUCGGUCGAUUCUAUUCGAAAGUGAGCUUGAAUAUCCCCAUCGAGAACGACUUUCGCUUUAUGCCAAACAUCAUCAGCAGUGCCAUUACCAACAAGCCGCCUCCCAAGGCUGUGGCCAAUCUGCUUGCACGUAGGAACAAGAUCCAUCACCUUGACCCUGAAACGGAUGAGACACUUAUGCCACUCUUUGACGACCAACCGGGUGGUGUAGAAAAGGGCACAUCCUGGAACAAGGUCACCAUGCCGUCGCGAAAUUACGCCUGUAUCACCGAGAUUGACCCAUCUGGUACGAGUGGGCCUAGCGCGCAGCCGCACUCAUUGGCGCCCAGCAGUGCACCCAAGGAUGGCCAUUCGCCGCUGCAUAUAGGUGAAGAAGGCACUGGAACAAGCCAUCCAGCUGCGGAUGGAUAUAGUAACACCAGUCAACUGGAUGGUGGACUGGACGUGGCGAUUCGGGUUGAAAUUGAGCAAGGUAACCGUGAUGGUAAUGCGCAGGGUUAUGGAUUGAGCAUCCCACAACUUUCUGUCGCCGUAUAA